AUGCCGGGCUUUCGCAAUGAGUCAGCCGUGACAUUUAAAGUCACUCAAAGUGACACACUUCUGGGCCCCUGUUCAUUUGGGCAGUUUUUGACGGGGGUCUCAGGCUGCAUUCAUCGUCUCCCCUCAUCCACGAUGCACACAUAUGUUCUUUUAACGUCUCUUUGCAGCAUGUGGUUUGUGCCUUCCUCCGUGCUGUCAAUGCAGUGCAAGGUUACACAAUAUGCGUGGCCUCUAAAGGCUCCGCACAGUUGCUGUGACAAGUGCCCGCCAGGUAAACACAUGAUCUGGCGCUCGCCAACCGAUUGUGAGAUGGAGUGUGGACUUUGCACAGGUGACCGCUAUGCUGACUCCUCCAACGUGGAGAUGACCUGCGAUGUUUGCAGAAUGUGUGACAAACCCAAUAUGGAGUACGAGUCCAAGUGCCAAACCUCUCGAAACGCUGUGUGCAGAUGUAAAGCGGGCUACAAAUGCACAGAUGAGGCGUGCGCACAGUGUUUGCACAUACCAGGAGCAGUCAAGUCCAGCGCCACAGUAGCCAAUUUCUCACCAGAGAGUCCUGGUUCCCCAACACCUGACGCGGACCUCGCUGACCCGGGCGACGUCAGAGCCAAUGCAAAAGGGUACUUGGUGGAAAUUCUCCCCCUGUGUGCAGUCAUAGCAGUCACUGUCUUUGUGCUGGUCUUUGCCUUUGUACGCUGGAUCAGAUCCAAGCACGGCUACUAUUCGAAAGACAAACGGCCUGCAUUACCUCCGAGCACAGAGGAAGCGGAGGUGUGCAAGCCUGUCCAAGAAAUGUGUGGAAAAUGUGAGCAAACUUUGGAGGUUUGAAUUUUUGUUCAUGGACCACAGUCAGCUGCUUGUGUUUCGAUGUCAAAAUACAAUACACACGUGUGGGACAUGUAUGAAACGGUCAUGUGUGGAUAAAAAGGGGCACAGCGAUUCGCUGUAAGAUUGUACAAAGUAACUGCAAGGUUUUCCACUCGAUUUCCUUAAAUAGUGGCUGAGGAUGGGGUGUUUAUUUACUCAACUGCAGAGUACUGGGCUUCUUUUUGAGAAAAGGUUUUUAUUUGUACAAACACUUGUGUAUGGAAAUGUUUUCCUUUUGUGUUACAAUCGGAGUGGAAUGAAACGAUACUAAACAAAUGCACGGGCAAUUACGUAAUGUGAUUGGGUGAAUAUUAGGCUAGCCUUGCGCUCAAGCCAUGGCCAUGUCUGUAAACAAGCACAGUGCAGCUCAGCUUCUGGCUAGCUGACGUCAUGGAAAGCCAUGUUUAAAAAAAAGUAGCGUGUUGCAACUUCAAACGGCAUUACAGUUGUUCCUUGAGAUAAGAGUUGAAUUCGUUAGGUGACCACACUUGCCACAAUAGCCCACAUAUGGCGAUGUUUUUUUAAAUACACAAUUAAUCCACUUUGUUUGAUGUUUAGUUUGACAGUAAACUUCAAGAGGGAGGGGCCAUAAACAGCUUGUAGCCUUCUUUUUUUGAAGAAUUGCUCACUAUCUGUCAAACUACUGCUUUUUGUGACACAAGCUGAAUUGAAUUCACUUCCACCAUACAGCAUUCAUAUCUGAAGUUUGCACUCACAAGUCAAAGCAAAAAAAAAUAUUUGGUCGAACGACGGCUCGUAUUUCGAAAAAGCCGUAAGUCUGCCCACUCGUGUCUCAAGGCAAGACUGUAUUGAUGUUUUUAAGGCAUAAUAAUUCACACUGUUCAAACUGUUACUGUUUCAUGUGUCUGUAUUCUUCAUUUCCUAAAAAGAAGACAAACUGUUCAUGUUCUACUUUCCUGAAAAGAUUCAACCUGUUAUUUCAAUUCAAAUGUCGUUCAAUCUGCUCCUGCGUAAGCAAAAUAUAAGCAGUUCGUUUUGCAUUUUGUUCUCUUACUGCGCCAAAUGUUCACACAAACUGUAACCUUACAUCAAUAAACACAUACCUUGUGUGUACCGAACCGUGA